GCGCUUUCAUUUUGGGUUUUUUGAGUACGUUGAAUCUUGGGUUGACGUACGGUCUUGCGAGUUUCAAGCUGGGACUUCGCGCGCGUUGGAUUGCGUUUCUGACGUACGUUUGCGAGUUCAAGUGGACUACGUUUUCGGGUACGUGGAUUCUGGUUUCCGGUUUGACGAUUCAACUCGAGUUUCAAGGGGUCUCGGUACUUACACAAAGUUGGUUUCGGUUUACGCUUGGGCACGAGUUUCAAGUCGAGGAGACGACACGUUUCCGAGUUUCAAGCGCCGAACGGGUUUCGUCUCCGAACUUCGUCGUUUGGGGACGAUUUUACGGGUUUUCGGCACCGACGCCGAUAUCUUGCUGCCAAAAUACAAGGGGGCCUCAUCGCAAAUUUUCAAAAUUUGCAUUUUCUGGACCAUUUUCCACGGACUUAAACGCGCAGGAUUUUCAGAAUCUUCACGUCCACACUUUCGGCGUUUACAAAUUUCAAGAUCAAAGUUCGGUCGAGACCAAACGUUAGUCGAAGCAGGGACUCAGUUCCCCAACGGUAUAAAUAUACCAAAUCCACUCUGGUUGACCGCGGUCAAAAAGUUUCAAUAUUGGUUGCGAAGUUGAGCGUUUCCAUUUUCUCCCACGGAUACUCUCAUGAACGAUUCCAGACAGGUAAAUGCUUGCGGCGGCCGUGGAUGAGGGAUUUUUACCGUUCUAAUUUCGGCCUACGUUUUCGAUUGGAUUUGGACUUGGAGCACUGUUUCGCAGUUCGAGGAUCGAUUGUUUUUCGCUUCCGAUUUCAACUCACUUGAUCACUUUCGAAACGAUCAAGGGAGACAAACAACAGCAACUAUUUCUAGUGGUGGAGAAAGAUGAGCUCGCCGUCAGGCGAUGGCGGGUUCGACCCAUCAUCGUCGUCAUCUUCUAGUAGACCAGUGCUGGAGACAACACCCAGAAUGAACAUGGGCUCUCCAGAGGAUGGCCAGGGAGGACGGAUUUCAGUGAAGUCUUCGUCACCUCCUCCACCUCCCUCGCCACCACCUAGAUCAUCUGCAAUUUCGAAGCGUCCACUGAUAGCGGGAUGCACUUGCGUCAUAGCAGAUAACAACAACAGAAGUGGUUACCACAUCUUUCUCAGGCGUUGCGAUGGAAACCGCUCUCAUGUAGCACUGCUGGAGAUCGUCGCGGUAAAUCCAGCAGAAGGAUGGAGCCCAACAAUAGAUCAAAAGUUGUGGCCCAUGUCGAUGCAGGAAAGCGCUGCAGAACGACUGUCGGACCUAGAAAUGGUAAACGAAAAAGGAGAGCUCAUCUACAUGAGACUAGUCACUCUCCAUGAAAAAUUUGUAGUGCGUGAUCCAACAACUCCAAACUUCUUCUCUGCUUCGGGAACUACAUUUUCAACGCUGCUGGAUACAGUGGCAGGGAUCACAGACUACUACGUUUUGCCGAGUCCAGAGACUCCAACCGAGCCGACUCGUGGUAGGAAGAGCAGCAAGAGGAAGUCGAGACGGAGUCGGGAUACGUCGUCUGACUCAUCGGCUAGUGGUGAAAAAGGAUCAUCAGUACAGCAACAACUACUACAACAAAUUUCGCAGGCGGUAAUCAAUUUAUCGAACACGCCAGCCCGCGAGGGCAUCGACAAGGAGGACUUGCAAGAAGUUCUCACAGCAGUAGUUGAAAACUCUAAUGAGACGAUGCGCGAAGUUAUCGAGAACGCACAAAGCAGCUCGUCGGCAUAUGAUUCUAGUGGUGCAAAUCCGCAAAAGGCGAUCGCAAAUGUCAAGAGGGAGUGCCAGGGUAAGAUCAAGUUCGACAACCCCAGCACUUUCGAGCAUGAGCUCAAGAAAUUCAAGACGGCUUGCUCGCAGCAAGGCCUAAAGAAUUCUUGGGACUUCAUUCGAACUCUAGAAUCUUGCACGGUUGAGAAUAGUAGCGCUCAAUCGCACAUGGCCGACUUCGUUCGCAUUGUCACCGAAGAUGUCUACUACAGCGACACGAAACUGGAUAGCGACCAGUGGGACGAGCUUCAGACAUUUUUGCUCGAUGAGUUUUUGCCAGAACGCGUGGGUACUCGAGUGGCGAAGAAGCAGACAGAGUCAACUCGCGAGUACAAUGCAUUACGAGCAACUGACGCCGACGUAGCCAACCUCAAAGCCUUCGACAAAUUCUGCACUCGUUAUCGCAUAGCAAGAGCGCGACUGAUGGAAGCAGGAGUAGUUGUCCAGUCGCUCAGAGAAGUGCCAGACUUCAUCGAAAAACUACCGCCAGCAGUCAAGUCAUUCGUAGAACUACAACAAGAAGACGCAGUCCCGAAUUGCGUAGAAGUGCCCUCUGACAAAGUGCUUCAGAUCCUUGGAAGUCAAGCACCGCAAGAUCCUAUGCGAUCACAUCUUGGCCCGAUUGGUGGUGGCAAGCCCAUCUCUGUCAUCAACAUCGUACGAAGAUGGAUUGCAGCACAGCCAUCAGGUGGAACAUCAAGGACAGGCGUUUGGGAGGCUCGCCCGAAGUCAGAUGUUAGCAAAGGUAAAGGAGAUAAGAGAAAUAAGGGCAAGGGCAAAGGAGACGACAAAAGUGGUGGUGGUAGUCGUAGUACGAAGGACAAAGGAAAAGGCAAAGGAAAUAAAGGGGAUAAUAUCGAUCCCAAGAAAGUUCCACAAUGUGGGUUUUGUGGUGGACAACAUCCUGGCAUCAGAGGUUGCCCUUCGAAGCUGCUUGAUAAGGACGAGCGAGUCAAGUUGUUCAAGCAGGGCGACAAGUGCAACUUCAAAUACAAGGGUGUAGAGUGUAGAUCAAGAACUCAUCGCGCCAAACAACACAACGAGCAGUUGCGGAAAGAGAAAGGAGCUUCAACGUCACACGUUGCCGCUUUGGAUGGUUAUCCAGAGGAGAGAGACGACGCGCCAGCUUGUACGGAUUUGGAACCAUCAGCAGAAGACAUCCAGCGUGGAGUAUUCGCAGGUCUUGUCAAGACAGACCUCUUCGCGAUUAGAACGAAAGAGAACUCUUCUGCUAGUGGUGACGUUUCCUCAUCUACAGCCUCUACGUCUACUUCCACUACUUCAGACGAGGAAAAAGUGCAGGAGUUCUACGAUCACUAUGUUAGCAACAACAAGCUCGAUUUCGUGGCAUUCCAACAACAGCAAGCUUUUGCAGUAUCAGAGUUUUCACCUUCGACCAACAACUUUUCGGCACAGCAAUUAGUUGUCACAUCUUCUAAACAUGACGAGAAACAAGAACAGGAGACGCAGAUCGCUGCAGAUCAGCUAGUAGAGGAGACCAAAAACAAGGAACCAGAAAAGAUUUCCAUCAACAUAGUUAGUGGUAGGGAUCAUCUCGAAUCUUGGUUGAAGAUCGGAGACACCUUUCUCAAGGUCAAAGACGACUCUUGCUCAGGAAAGACGCUCUUAGAUCGCAGGUGUUUCAACAGUUUGAAAAAAGACGAAGGAGCAAAGAAAGAAAUCCUACGCGAGUUUUCUGGUCCUCCGAUCGAGUGCAUGUCGUUUAAGGAUGACGACAGGGGCGAGAUCUCUUCUGACUAUGCAGUUAUUCGCGCACAUCGUAUCGACGCCAUCAGCAACAAGCUGUACCCUGUGCUUUUCGUUUUCUUGCUCUUGGCGAUGGCUUUUCCGUGCUUGGUCGGUUUUCCGACACUCGAGUUUCAACAGUUCACACCAACGUACUACGAUUUCGGGUCAGGUCCACAACAUGUAGGGACGUACUACUACAUUAACGACAAUGACAACAUUUCGCGAGAAAUUUACACUCCUCGCGACUACUUCGACGAUUGUGUUGUAGCUGCCACUUUUGCUUCUCCAACGAACAGGACACAGAUAGGGUCAAACCCAUUCCAUGUCUACAUUGCUGCUUCUACUGCGAAAGCCACCCGCAAAGCCAAGUGGGCCGGUAAGUUUGAGGAACUACAAGCAGCAAUCGCAAAGAAGGACAAGGAGCGAUCCGAGUACAAACGUCUAGAUCCAUCUUCUAAGGAGUACAAAGAUGAGCUUAGAGCAGCAGCGAAGAAAAAGUACGCUUGGGUGGGGCAUAAAUGCAAGGAGGCACUUGACGUCUUAGUGCAAGAAAUUGCCAACCACUCUGAGAUCAUCUGGAGAAAAGGAAUUCGUUUCAAAACAGUUAAGGGCAUCGUCUACGACCCACAAGUCGAUCCAGAGCUGGAGCGCAAACAUCGACAUCGAUUCGCGAAGAUGAUCAACUACACGCCAACGGAGUUCGAUACGAUUCGUGGCGAUGCACACGUCAGGUGGAUGAUCGAGGAUGGAUUAGCAAAAGAAAUAAAUCAUCCCACUCGUUACCACAGUCCUACUUUUGUCAUCGAUCAAGAUGGUAAACAGGAGCUAGGUCGUUUCAUCUACAACCACACCGGCGUGAAUGACAUCACAGUUCCACACCGUUUUCCACAACCUACGAUUGCAGACUUCUUGGAAUUUGCAAAACCAAACGCUUUGCAUUUCACCGGCGAUUUAGUGCAAGGAUACAAUCAGAUCGAACUAUCGCCACUCGCAAAAGAACUAUACACCUUCGUCUGGAACAAGCGCAAGUUUGAGCCGCAGACGAUGGGCUUUGGUGGUUCUGAUUUUCCUAGUUUCUUUCAAUCUGCAGUACAGGGAGACAUCACUCAUGCAGAGCUUUUCGACAUCGUGAAGAACUUUUUGGAUGAUCUCUAUGCGGGUACACCAGCUGAAAACGGGGAGAUUACUCCUGCAGUGAUCAAGGAGCACGUUCGCAGAUGUGUGCUCAUUUUGAAGAUGCUCGCCCAACGAGGAUGGCUGUUGAAUUGGGACAAGACAAAUUUCAUCAGCGAGGAAGCAUCUCUUCUAGGUCACGCCGUUCGUCGUGGAGUAUCAGUCAGCAAGAAGCACAAGUUGAUGAUGCAACAACUUCCAGAGCCAAAGUCUAUUGAUGACGUUGUGAGCUUCAGAUGUAUGGGGCAAUGGUUAAGCAAGUUUUAUCCAUAUUUCGGAGAGAUCAUCCUUCCGCUGAAUCGCUACAGCAAGAAAGGCGUUUCGUUUGAAAGCGAUUUUCUCAAAGACGACAACGGCAAGAAGGCAGUAGACAUGUUGCGCAAGAACAUUACAGAGAUCGAGCUUUCUCCGCCUCGUAACAAUUGGAAGUGGCACAUCUUAUGCGACUCUUCUGACGUUUGCGCCGCAUAUUGGUUGAUCCAGACGGAUCCUGAGGGACAUCAGAAACCAAUCAUUAUCGACCUCGACUACAAAGUUUUCAAGGGUUACGAGAUCUUUUGGAACAUCACAGAAAAAGAAUUCGACGCAGUGCGUUUUGCUAUGUUAGGCUGCAAGGACACCAUUCGUGGACAGCAUGUCAUUACUCAUCAUGAUCAUCGCAACAACGACAACAUCAAAGAAAGGACAAAGGAUCGUCUUCAACGAGAUCUAUCUAGUAAGCGAGUUUUGAAGAAGACGAAUCGAUGGGCUUUAGACAUCUUCCAGGAGUGCGGGGACACAUUCGAAUUCUCGUUGACACCAGGAGCGGACCUUCCAGGGCCCGACUUCUUGUCUCGUCAUUUUCCUGGAGCCGAUGCAGCAAAGUGCGAGUUUGGGCGUGCUAUCGCUGACGGUAUGCCAGUUCGCGAGUUAGUUGUUCGUUUGUACGGGAUCGAGUUAGCCGAUGAAUUUCUACCGACGUUAGAUCGUUUUCGAGAGGCACAUGUAGAACGUGCUCGCAAGGAACGAGUGCGCGCUACAACUAAGCCGGUGGCACCUGUUAAGGUGCCAAAGGCGAAGGCAAAAUCUUCGUCUAAGCCCAACAAACUAGUCGUAGCUUCCUUAUCAUUAGCAGCAACAUCAGCGCAACAAGCUUGCCUCAGCGACAUCGUGAACAAGCUGCCGAACUUUCCUAACAAUUUUCCUCCGACAAAUUCGACAACAUUUACGGAGGCAGCAGAACGCGCUCGAGUUUGUGUCACGAUCGCGAAACGCAAAGCAGCGCAGCUUCGUCUUCCGUCUACCAUCAUACCAGGGGAGGUCGCAGUACGACACUGGACCGACGAUCGAGGUUUUGGAUACGUCAUCAAGGUGAAGGAGGCCUUCCCGUGUCGUGAUGGACAGAAGAGAAAAGAACUCUGGCUGUCGCAAAAAGUGCUCGGACACCGCAGAGCACUGAAGUAUAUGCAGUAUGCACUUCGUGGUAGUUCUGCUGAAGUCAAAUCGAAGAACUUCAAGCUGAAUGCUAGGUAUCAGGACGAGCCAUUCUAUGACGAUGGCAGUUUUUCGAUGGCGAAUUGGACGCAGUAGCGCCUGUUGUUAA